CCAAACCCUCACUCUCUCCCUUCUCUCUCUCUCCAAUCUCUCUUAGCAAAGAAAUGCAAUGGCCGCAAGAAACAGCCACCGCUACCUCAGCUUCGCCACCGCCACAAUAGCUCCAGCGCCCACCGAGGAUCAUCUCGAAUUCGAGGAAUCCGAGGUUUGGAGCAGCAUCGUUUUCGCUGAACCAAAAAAGCAAGCGCGUCGUAGGCCAUCGCGAAAGCCCUUGAAGCUGAAGAACCACGACGUCGAUCGUAUGGCUAGAUCGCUGCCCGUGAACGUACCGGACUGGUCGAAGAUCCUCGGCGGUGAGUGGAAGCCACGCGACGAGUAUGAGGAGGAGGAAGAGGAAAAUGAGCGAAUGCCCCCUCAUGAGUAUUUGGCGCGGGUUAGAGGAGCUUCUUUGUCGGUGCAUGAAGGUGAAGGGAGGACGCUCAAGGGCAGGGAUUUGAGUAGGGUUAGAAAUGCCAUUUGGAAAAAAAUUGGCUUUGAAGAUUAAACAAUUUGUUAAUUAGCUAGCUUAGUUUAGCUAAUUGGAGUUUUUUGUGGUUUAAGGAUUGAUAUAGAUUAAUAUAAUCGAUUAGAUUGUUUUGUGUUGGUAA